AUGGCUUUAUUCAGGCAAUUCUUCUCGAUACAAGAUAUAGCAGAAUCUAAAUAUUGUCCAGCACAUAUACAUAAAGAACAUCAUCAUGGUUUGGCAGAGUUUUCAAAAUGGUUUUCAUUCGAAAUUACUCGAAGAGGAGAAAUAUUGAAAGUCUACCAUCCACCUGAUGACAGCGAAGUUCUGGCCAUUAAGAAAGGAUUUGCAGCAAUAUUUUCUUCAAAACUUCACAGCAAGGAAGAGAUUAAAGGCAAAUAUUUGGAUGUAAAAAGAUGGAAAUAUUCCACAGAAGAAGUUGGAAAUGAAGGUCCACAUAGCGCAAUAUACACAGCAAGAGAAACUCCAGUUGGAAUUGAGUUUACGAAGCAACGAAAAGGACAUGUUAUACCUAAUGCGAAAGGAACAUUAACAAAGGUUUUACAUUUUCACAAGGAACUCGGAAUAAUCCAUAAAGUAAUGAUAGAAGAGAAUUUUACCUCACCUAAAGCACCUGACAGUUUUGAUCCACAUAAGAAUAUGAGGAACGUAAAAGCUGACAAUGAUUUUGACAGAAUGUCACUUCCUGAAAUGAGUGCAUUCGGUAAGGGAGAAUUGGUUUUUGUGACCAGACAUGAAGUGAAGGAGUUGUAUGUCAAACCAAAGAAUGUCUCUGCAGGAAAUAUUCAUGUUGAUCAGUUUGAGAGAAACAAAAAAGGGAACGUGAACGUGACUGAAAUCUUAAAAGACAUCCGGAGUAAUAUCACAUGUAUUAGACAUCAGCCUCUACAAGGAUCACCGCUUGUAAAUGAAUGUUUCUUUAGAAUUGUCAGUAUGUUGAAGCUAUUAUCAGAUGAGGAAAUAAAAAAGAUUGCAUUUGAUUACUUUCAACAUCUUCAAAAUAAUAAUGAGGAGAAUUUUGAAAUCAAAGCAAUAAUGCUAGAUGCCUUCGAAGCAUUAAACACAAACACCAGUCAACAGUUGAUUGUCAAAUUAGUUCUUUUAGCACCAAAACCAGAAUACAAAUUGUUUCAGCGAUUUUUCAUCCACGUGGCAGGAAUGGAAAUGCCCCCACAUCAGAAUGUUAUAAAAGUGUUAGAAGAUAUAGCUUUUCACAAUGGAACAUUUACCAACGUAUCAUUUGACAAACACAUUUACAAUUCUGCCAUCUUGACUCUUGGAUCUGUUGUACACAAGUUAUCCAAAAAAGGACAGACAAAAAUAUCUUUAGAAAUCUCCAGCAAAAUCAAUGGAAUGCUUGGUUUGCAUGACUUUUCCUAUUUUACAUAUUAUCAAAGUUCACGUCGGUAG